CGAGCAACACAAGACAUCGACAUUGUCGUCCUCCGCGGAACAACAGCCACAGCACGGGCAAUGCUACGCUCUUCACCAGAUUUCUGCGUCGACCCGCGCACAAACCACACCACCUACACUGGAGGUACACCGGUUGAUAUUGAGAUCCUCACGCCCCCGUUUAUGUUUCAGGAGGCGUUUGAUGAGGCUACGGGUGUAGUGAGCGUUGAAGGGGUGAGCGUGUUGAAGCCUGCGUUGCUGCUUAAUGCGAAAUGCGGGUCUGUAGGGUGUAGAUCUUCAGAGGGGAAGAGGAGGUCGGAUGCGUUGGAUGUGUUGUUUCUGUUGAGGUUUUGUGUGGCGCAUCCUGAGUAUUUACCGAAGAUAGGAGAGGUGCCGAAUGCGACGGGGGAGUUGGUGGGUGCGCUGGUGGAGGUGUAUGGGGGUGAGGAGGAGUGGGUUGCAGCGGGAUAUGAUUUGAAGAAGGGCUGUUUUAUACGUGAGUAG